AUGUCUUCCUCAUCCUUCACCUCAGGAAAUUAUUACAGACGACGUAGGAAUACAGAAAGAGGAACGCCGAAAGAGUGUUGGUGUGGUGCACCAUCUGACAUUUUUACAUCUGGAAGCGAGACAAAUCCAGGAAGAUUGUACUAUUGCUGUGCAAAAGGAUAUCAUAAGAGUCAUUUAUUCAAAUGGGCGGAUGAGUGCUUGGUGGAAGAGGUUGAAGAUAUUAAGGCAGUGAUAAAUGGCAUGAAUAGAGACAUCUCGGAGUUGCGAGUUAACGUUGCUCAGUUGGCGAAUGGAGUAAAGACAGAAUCUGAGAGAAAAGGAGGCGAAUGUUUAAGUGAGAGUCGGUGUUUGAGGAAUGUGGUUGUUUGUGUAGCUGGAAUGGCGAUACUUUGCUACUACUACUUCUCUAUGGAUGUUUCUGAUGUUAAAUCACGGGGUUACCCUCCAAGAUUUUAUCUUGUAGGGUCUUCUAACCUAGAAAAUAAAGACAUUAAUCACAAUUUCCGUUCACGAGAUUUACCUCAUAUUAUAGAAACACUAGGAGAAGAUGUAUGGAAAGCACUGGUGAACUCUCCCAUUGGAGUAGUUGCUAGGCUAGUUGAACGCCGAAGCGUGUGGUCUGGUAGAACAGUACACUAUCUACUAUGUAGACAGCUGCGAGUACAUAGGAAGGAGAUAUGGAGUCUGGUGGUUGAUGAGCCUAUCAAGUUUAGCUUGGUAGAAUUUUGUGAGAUAACUGGGUUAAACACUGGUCCAUUGCCAACAAAAAGUUUUGAACCUGAUCCUGAUAAAUACAAACCGUUUUGGGCGAAGCUGAAGGUGUCGCUUGGGAGGGGACCCACGUUGGAUGAACUGAAGAACUCAAUAGAGGUCUGCCCGAGUUGGACAUUUGAAGAGUGUAAAUGGCUAGGGCUAUUAGUUCUUCAACACAUGGUACUUUAUUGUUUGCAUCAAAAUUCUCGGGUGCCAUUUGAAAGUGCCAAAAGAGUGUUUGACGAUGAAGCCAUGAAGUCGUAUCCAUGGGGUCGGACUGCAUACGAAGUUCUCAUUGACUCUAUUAAAAUGUUGGCUCCAGACAGGGGGUCAUACACAUUAAGCGGCCUAAAGGAUGCGUUAUUGAUUUGGGCGUAUGAAUCCAUCGUCUGCUUUGGCGAGUGUUUUGGGAGAGUGGUGAAUAAUGAAGACGUUCCACUUUUACGAUGGGGUGGAAAGCGUACUCGUGCAAAUUUCGAAAACUUGUUGUCUGCCGAGAUAAAACAACAUAGCCAGGUGCGUGUUAGGAGAAUGGUUUCGAAGGAGUCAAUCGAAGAGUUGUUGCCUGAAUGGUCGUGUCAACCUGACGACCCACAACUCGUUAACUCGAUAACAGACAUACAUGCAGGUAGAUUUGUAAAAGGUUUUUGGGAAGUGCAUGGAAAUGCGGAGGGAAAGGGUAACGAGAAGAAGAAGAAAGCUGAGCCACCCACUAAGAAGCAGAAUAAAGUUAAGACCAAUGAGGGUGAAGCUGCUGCAACGGGAAAGGGUUCAAGCGAAGAGGAAGGUAACAAAGAUUCGGGGAACAACGCGAGUCUGAUGGCCAUUGCGAGUACUCUGGAUAAACUUUCCAGUAAAUUUGAUCUGAUGGACGCGCGAUUUAAAAAACCAUUGGUGGACCAGAAGUUGAUAGAUGACAUGGUGAAAGUUACAGUGGAGGAGUGUCUGAAAGUUAUGGGGAUAGGAAAAAAUCCCCAAAACAAAGAAAACCUCUCAAACGUCGCCGCCGACCAACAACCUGAACCGUUGUCAUCACCGCAGCCUAAUACCCAGCAGAAGUCUGUCUGUAGUCCACUGUUAGCUGAAACCCUUGGAAAGGAUAUGGGACCUAGGAACAAUUUGUCCAACGAGCUUGAUAAGGAGAGAGGGAUGAAAAAACUUUGGCUAAGGAGUUUGGAACACAUGCUGAAGAUGAGGGCAACUAAGGCUGAAGACUUACGUCGCCGCUCCACGCGCAACCGUACUAUAAAGGAUGAGGAUGCAGAAGAUAAGAAAAAAACUGUGCAAGCAGAGGCUGUGUUGAAGAAGAAGGAGAAAGCUGCCGCUAAGAGAAAAGCGGCUGCCUCAAUGAAGCAAAAACAACAUGAGUUAAAGAAACCAAAACAGGCUGAGUUAAUGAAUGAAGAACAGGCUGAGUUAAAGAAUCAAGAACAGGCUGAGUUAAUGAAUGAAGAACUGGCUGAGUUAAAGAAUCAAGAAGCCGAUAAUGAGAAGAGAAAGAAUAUAACUACACCGCGUGCCAAUUUAAAAAGAUGCAAGGUUGAAGAUUCUGUAGAGGACAGUGAAUUUGCUGUAAUGACCGACGAAGUUCUUGCGGAGGAGAAUGAAAUCUUGCCGGAGUCGCCUAUGGCGAGUCAGGAAUUGAUUAGAUCUGCUAUAGUAAAGGAAUAUCGGGAGAAAACGGUUAAUUAUCUCCACAAGGCACCUGUUGAUCCGAUUGUAUUGGAUAAACUUAUGCAACACAUCUCGAGAAUUCCACCCAAACCACCAGCACCAGCAAAGAAAAGAGUUGUAAGAUCCGCCGCUCGUGAGGGUGACUUCUACAGCAUACUCAUCCUUGAAAGACCGUGGCCGCAUAGCCAAUAUGGAUGGUUGUUUGAUGAUCAUAUCUGUGCAUAUAUUAACGUCCUCUUUAAGAGGUCCAUGCGAGAUCCCACCCCAUUCUGGACCAAGCGAAUUGCCUUCAUUGAUCCUUGGUUCUUGAAGAAGUGGGUUGACGAUUACAAGCAGUUCAAGAUAAAACCUAAUAUGAUGAAGUUCACAGAGAAUGGUUAUGAAAAUCUUGUACACGUUUGUGGAGUUCUAGCGCUUGGUGUAAGUUUUGCUGGGAUAAACGAUAAAAAUAUUCAAGGUUUACGGUUGAAGAUGGCGGCAGAGAUCCUCGAUGAAGGAGGAAACAUGGCGUAG